UUCAACAAGGACUGACCCAGUCAACUACUCCUAAGGGGCUUGUUCCUCAGGACAGUCGGGCCUGGGAACUCCACAGCAGCUAAAAGUAUCAAGCUGGCCAUAUCUUCCACAAAGGGAAGACCCCCAGGAGCUCCGUGUACAGUCAAAGAUGCCCGUCCCAAGGAUGACGUCAGCAUUGAACUCGAGGUAAACGCCAGCGCGGGUUCAGGCAUCGAAUUGGGGGAGUGUUCGUUGAUUAGGACAAGUGGCGAAAGCCACGACACAUCUGGGACAUCUCAGUCUAAUGGAAUUGUUUGUGAUGAUGUUGUCUCAGAUUCCUCAAUAAACCAGGGAGAAGUCGGGAUCGGUGUGAAGACGCUGCUUUCUCCGCAGCCCAAAGUGCAAGGUCCCUCUAGGCAGAAUGAGAAAAAGACGAUGAGGAGAAAGCGAGCUCCUAACCUGCACAAUCUGAUCAAGAGGCUGACAUCCCCCAGCAAGGCAGUUGCUGCCACUCCUUCUAAAAAGCACACAGGGAGUUGUGUUAAUGAUGUAUCCGAAGUGAUGCAUGAGGAGGAGAUGGACAGUGAUAGAGAAAGUGUUUUGGACAAUACUCCCAGGAACUCACAAGGGGAAAUGGAUCAUGAAUGGCAAGACUCCUGUGAUGUAGAUACGUCUGAGCUGGAACCAGUUACUUACUCGGGAGCUACGAAGAGGACAAGGCAAACGAGGUCAAGUUCUCAGCUGGAUGUAGACCCAGUGUCAAUCAUGUCCCCAAAAGAUACGCCGAUCCCCAGCGGCUCAGGCAGUAAGAGGAAAUGUGUGCCACAGCGGCGACUUUUGCAUGACCUCCGUCUGGCCACCAACCGAGAUCUCGCCAGCCGUUCUCCUGGGGCAUCGGAACAGAACAUGGAGUACCGAAUGAGACCUGUCGACCUCCAUCCUGGCGACAAGAAGUCUGCAAAAUCUGACGACGAAUGCCCGGAGCAUGAGGACACUCCCCAAACUGGCCUGGAAUGUUAUACCGCCCCAUCAGGGGGACCUGCAAGCCGCGAAGCUGCAUUUGCCGAAGAGACCCCGGUCAAUCAAAGAGCUGUCGGGAAGACCAGAUCCAAGGGAAGAAGGCCGGAUAUCGGUGGAGUGAUCAAGAGCUUACAGGCAGGGCAGGAGCUGGGUGUAGACACCCCAAGAUCAGAAGUACCAUACACUGAAAUCACGCUCACUAGCACCCUGAAGGAGGAUGAGACCAAACAACACAAGGCUUCUUCGUCACCAGUGGGUGGACCAGACGAGAAUGUCGAUUGUAAGGGGGCAGAUGAUAAGGAAGACAAGAUUGAGGGAGAGGAAGGAAGAGCCGAGAAUGAAGACAUGAGGGAGGAAACCAAAGACACUGCAACAUCCAGAGACUCGGCUGAAACGGAGUAUAAAGUCAAGAGGUCAACACGUGGACAGACGGAGAGACUGACCAACAAGCAGCCAGUACUAAGGGGACAGCGGGACAAACAUGAAUACAAAGAGAUGACUCAACCUGAAACGCUGCAAGCUCCAAAGAAACCAGAGACAAUAAUCAAUAGAUGGAUCAUCAAGCCUGUCCCUUCUUGUAAGGGAGUGUGUGUAGAGGGCCACAGGAUCGGUGAUAAAGAGGACCAGUUUUGGCACAGCACAUCCAUCAUGGUGCGUAUCACCCCGCGUCUGCUGGCCACCAAGUCUGGCGCCCUCUACCGCUUGGCUGGUAAAAUGGACCGCGCACUGACAAUGGAGCAAGGCUUCUCAGAAUCAUUAGUACGCAGUUUCCAGAAAGGGUUUCCCGCCAAUUGGAGAGAGUUGCUGUACAACCACUACUUGAACGAAGAAAAGAAGAAAGAACAGCAGAAAUGGAGCAGUUCUUUGGUGGAGAAGGAGCCACUCGGAGUGACUCCAGGACCAAGGCGGUCUGAUGUCACCGUCCCCGAUUCCCUACAGAAAGGAAAGAAAAAGAACCCGAUAGAAGUCACCCCUCAGAACCUCCGCGUGAAGGACCUCCGACGCUCCAGCAGCGGCCGGCUGAUCAAGCCUCCCCUGGCCUACUGGACUGGGCAGCGCGUCCGCCACAACACCUCGCUGGACGUCGUGGAGAUCCUCCUGGGCAGCGAGGACUGCACCUCCUCCUCCAUCAACCAGAUCAGCCUGCAGGACUCCCUGGAGCUGGGGCCCAGAGAAAAGAGAGCAAUCAAACGCUCUGCCAACACCAGUAAGCUUCAUGCAUCGUCAGCGGGAAGGAAGCACAGACGGCAGUUGAAAACUGAGCACAGUGGUGCCGACGAGGAAGGCUCAUCUUGUCUGGAUCCAGAGGCCAAGACAAGCAAAGGAGACGGUGAAUAUGGCCAUGGUGCCAAAUUGCCAGCAUCAGAGAGGAAAAGUAAACACAGUCCUCGAGGAACUGGGCCCAAACGAGGAGACAGGAGGAGGAUUGUCCAGUUGAAGGGUACAAUCACUGAUUCUUCCGACAACAUGGAAGUCCCAGCCUCCAAGAGACACGAUGACGAAGACCCUCUAGUGCUGAAGUCAAGGAGAAAGUCCAGAUACCCACGCAAGAAUCUAAAGAAUAGAUGGCGGGAAGAACUGCAAGGAUCUGCGGAAAGCUGCAGCUUAGAUUAUCCUGUUGCAGAUGUAGAGACCGACAACACAGCUUCAACAAGCUCUGUGAAGCCACUUGAAGAUCCUGAAAUUAAUGAGGUGAAGCACAAAAAGAAUGAGAGGGUGAAGAUUCAGUUGUCAAGUCAGCGGCAAGGGAGUAGGCAGCCUCCCCCUCCGAAAAAAGAAAGAGCCAGAAGGGACAAAGGGAGGGUAUCAUCUCAACCUCAGCCCAGAGCAUGCAUUUCACCCCUUUAUUAUCAAUUCAGCCCACCAUCAGAGGUAGAAAGUUCUCACCCUGCGAGCCAACCUGCUCUUGGUAAAACUCCCACCAGCAGAUGGAAGAACAUUGGUGAUGCAAGCAGUAGCAUUGUUGGCUGCGCCUCUGACUUGGAGAAAAACAGUGAGAGCCGCGGGAGGAAAGUCACAAAUGAAGAGGGAGAGAAAAUGAAGUUGUCUAGGGGAGAUGGGUCCGGAGAGUCGCUUGGAUCGUUGAACCUUCAAGAGGAGAUCCUGGCCGUCGUUGAGAAGCACAAACAAGGCAGGAUCGCUCGGAUGAGAGAGCGGAGCUCUAAGAUCAGAGCACCAUCCACUAGGGACCAGUCCAGUGUCGGGAAGUUACCAAGCGCUUCGGACGUCUAUGAGCUGAGCGACGAUGAGGAGGAUGAACCUAUAAAGCCGAAGAGAGUUCCUUACGUUCCCCACGGUGCGUCCACCAACACUACUACGGGAGAGUCGGUCAGCAACUGGAGUGAGGAAGGAGAUAAGAGUGUCAACAUGACAUGGGUGACCAGAGCCAAACCAUACAGGCGGAUCUAUGGGACCCUGGAAGAUCCCCAAUAUCGAACUGAUGAAACCUCCACAGAAACCACCACCAUUACCACAACCACCACUGGUGAAACAGACGACAGCAUCGUCAAUCCUUUAAACUCUGACAGAGAAACAACCACUACCAAGAGUAGUUGCGACGAGGAAGCCUUGAUGUUGCAAACAAGAGGCCAGAAGAAAAUGCUCAGUACUCGUCAGAAAGGGACAAGGGCAAGAAUGGUCAGCAGGCCAGUCCUAGACCAGACGUCGGAGGAUGAGCAAGACCAGCUCUCCCAGAAGCCUUUCACUUCGAGGAGCCUGAAGAGAACAAAGCAAAAAUGCACCCCUCCAGAGACCUCAUCUGAAGACACGGACAACACGCUCGAAGGGCAAGACGCAGCAAUCUCCCCGAGGCAGCAGGCUGCAUCUGAAGACACAGAUGAGACAGUCAAAGUCCUGGAUGGACCCAUGCAGAGAGGCCGAAGCAAGAAAGCCAUCGUCAUCCAGAGGCAUCAGCCCAGGCGGAACUGCAAGAAGAGUGGAAGUGAGUCGGACUCACAUCAACCUGUCAAAGAAGCCCGGAAACCUGCAGCCCAAAGCAGAAAAAAGCCAGCACCUUCCCGGAGAAAAGGUCUUCUUGAACAAAGCCUGGAGGAGACAACUUCUGAAUGUGAAAGAUGGAUUCCAGGCCAAAAUGGAAAAGGCAAGGUGGGCUCUGACACAACAUCAAGAGAUGCUCAUGGGACACGAAGGGGGGCCCCAAGAAGGUUGGAUGUAGAGGCAGAGCCAGUCAGAGGAACAUCCAGGAUUGAAGCGGAUGGAAAGUCAGAGUUUGAGAAUAAGAUGGGCGUGCAUCAGAAAGACGAACCAGCUCAUCCUCGAAGCGCCAUCGAAUCUAGUGCAACAAAGCAUUCCAAACAACAGUCCAAACAGCAGGCGAACCAUGCACAGGCCGCCAUCGUGCUAACAGCCAAGGUUGGUACUAUGAAGCGUAAACGACAGCUACGGGACCUCGUGGAGCAGCACAAUCGGGGAUAUGAAGAUGACAUCUUUGACUCCACCCCUUUCAAGAAGCAGAAGAAGCUGAAGAUACCUCUUGGCGAGUGGGACACCGAAGAAGACAGCCACGAGGGCAGUGUCGGCAAGACACCUGGCUCGGCUCGGUUCAAGACACCCAGCCUACGCUAUCAAGGGGUGCUGCCCCUGUCCGACAAGAAGACGCCCUACUCCAACCUCAUCAGCCCUGGUCUGCUGCCCUCAGUUGACAGGAAGCACGUUGAUCAGUAUAUAUAUGGUCUCCAAAAAAAGAAGAAGGGUCAUGGGCUAGUGCAAAGGCCCUACACAACGAAGAAGCCCACUGGCGUCUCCGGGAGUAAAGGCAAACCUGGCAGGACAUCAUUUACUCGAGCCCUGGCAGACAAGGCGGGGGACAUGUUUGACGUCACUCCCGUGUCUGAUUCGGAUCCAGAUGAAGAUCACGAUUACUAUUGGUCGGACGAAGAACAUUGAAGAUUAAUGAGCUCAUUGUGAACUGCUGUUUCCAGAUUUGGAAAACUGCUCCAGUGAAGUUUGGAUUUCUCGCUGAGAUUUGGAUCUCCAUUUUUCUGAAAAAACAUACAAAGUUCAGGAAAACUUUCAGUCACCAGCUUUGCAGUGUGUUAAUUGACAGGGUUCCCCUGGCCUGCAAAAGUCAUGGAAAUUUGUUUUCGUUUUCCAGGCCUGGAAAAGUCAUGGAAUUUUUCAAACAUAAUGUGUGAUUU